AUGACCAAACUAGUGAGCAUUCGGUCGGCCAGGAUUGGUCGUCGCCUCGUUCACUGCUCGGUUCCACCUCGGCGUACGAGGAGGCAGCCGCGUAAGGUGGAUCGUGCGGAGAACGAGGAGGGCCAGGGAGGGGGUGGUCUGUCGACGUCUUCGGCGGGCUGCAGCGGUGCUUCCGGUUCGAGGAUGGGCCCUGGGCCCGAUUCCGGUAGCAGUGCUCCCUCUUCCGCUCCCCACUCGCUGGCUACCUCGAGAGACGAGGAAGACGACGAAGACAAAGAAAGUAGUGGCAGACGUUCCAAUGGUCACACAGGAUCGCGGUUAUCGGAGCUGUACCACCGAGGCACCUCCUCGAGCCACGCAGGAUCUUUGGAGGAGGAUGUCCAACGGCUAAGCGCAACCUCAACGACCUCGGAAUCCUUGGAGAGCAAUGGCCUCGAUACCGAGAUACCAGCUGCAGCCAGGAGACCUCGUAGCACGAGGGGCUCGCAAAAGUGGAGUAACGUACGCGCCGUCAUGGCGCUAUAUUCCUCUCUACGCAAGAUCAAGAGAACGAAGAGCAACCAGCGUUGGAUGAAGCUGCGCACUACAGUGCAGCUAUCGUCCGCGAUCUCGACGAUCCAGAAGAAGCCACCCCUGAAACGCGAAGACUCGUUUCUAAAGCGAUUCUCCACCAGGCAGAUCCCGGAGAGCCAGGAGACGUUGGACACAGGCGAGGGCGAAGGUGACGCGGCUGACGACAAGGACUCGAAUGGUCGUCGUCGUAGGCGAUCGAGGAGACCUCAGAAACCACCGAGGACCGUGGUGAAUCCGGACGAGAAUUUCUAUUAUUACUGGCUGAUGCUUCUGUCCGCUUGCGUGCUGUACAAUCUGUGGACGCUGAUCGUGCGACAGAGCCUGCCGGAACUACAGGCGCUGGCGCCGGCCGGUUGGCUCGCGUGCGACGGCUUCACGGACCUGGUGUUCUUCCUCGACGUGGCUGUGCAAUUCCGUACCGGAUACCUCGAGCAAGGUUUGAUGGUCUACAACAGCAAGAAGCUGGCCGGCCAUUACCUCAAAUCCAAGUCGUUCGUUCUCGACUUGCUCGCGUUGUUGCCGCUCGAUCUGCUUCAAGUGAACCUGGGCAGCAAUCCCAUGCUACGGUUCCCCAGGUUCUUGAAGAUCUACCGUGUGUACAAUUACUAUUACAUGGUCGAGUCGCGAACUGUUUAUCCGAACCUGUGGCGCGUGCUAAACUUGAUACACAUACUGUUGAUACUGGCCCAUUGGUUCGGUUGCUUUUACUACUUGCUCAGCGAAGCGGAAGGAUUCCAAGGAGACUGGGUCUACCCGUACCGACCGGGCGAGUACGCCACACUCACCAGGAAGUACCUCGGCUCGCUGUACUGGUCUACCCUAACCCUCACUACCAUCGGCGAUCUACCCACGCCGGAAACCAACGCCGAAGUCGUAGCGGGCGGCAAUCCCCGGAGCCUCGCUCGUCGCGGCCGACUGUCCCGGCUUCUGCAGUUCAAGCAUAACGGAGGGUACGUCUUCACGAUAGUCAGCUACCUAAUCGGUGUCUUCAUAUUCGCCACUAUCGUCGGCCAGGUGGGCAACGUGAUCACCAAUCGAAACGCGAAUCGUCUGGAAUUUGAGAGACUUCUAGACGGAGCGAAAACCUACAUGAGGCAUCAUAAAGUUCCCGGCGGCAUGAAGAGACGUGUGCUCAGGUGGUACGACUACAGCUGGUCACGUGGAAGGAUACAAGGUGGUGGUGACAUCAAUACCGCUCUAGGAUUACUUCCCGACAAACUGAAGACGGAGCUGGCUCUGCACGUGAACCUAGCAGUUUUGAAGAAAGUUACCAUCUUUCAGGAAUGCCAACCAGAAUUCUUGCACGACCUCGUCUUAAAAAUGAAAGCUUACAUAUUCACGCCCGGUGAUUCCAUCUGUCGCAAAGGUGAAGUGGCAAGAGAGAUGUUCAUAAUAGCCGACGGAAUUUUGGAAGUGAUUAGCGAAACAGGAAGAGUUCUAACUACCAUGGAAGCCGGGGACUUCUUCGGAGAGAUUGGCAUUCUGAACCUCGACGGUUUAAACAAACGCACAGCCGACGUUCGUUCGGUAGGUUAUUCCGAGCUGUUCAGCCUUUCUCGCGAGGACGUCCUCGCCGCGAUGAAAGACUACCCGGAAGCGCAGGAGAUCCUGCAGAACCUUGGUAAGAAACGACUGAUGGAGGCGCAGAGGGUGACGAGGACAACGCGGCAGCCAACAUCCCCGGGUCACGAUUCCUCGGAUAAUAGCACUGGUAAAAGGAUCGUGGACAAGCUGAAGAGCGACGUGAAAGGUCUAAAGAAUGCCUUAAGGAAAAGCAGAAGAAACACCAGAUCGGAAGAGAGCCUGGAGCUUCAGCCGCUGACGUCAAAGACGCAUACACUAAAGAGACAGCAAAAGGUCGACGAUGGUCAAGUUGCAUCCGCAUCGCACACCCAAGAACCACCUGUAUCACCUCUCGGUGCUGGGCUACCUCUGCUAGCUAGACUGAGAUUGUUGAAAGAGAAAGAAGAACGCGAGGAACGUCGAAACUUGAUGGAAACACAGGUACACUCUCCGGAACCGCAACAGCAACCACAGCCUCCCCAGCAGCAGCAGCUGCCGCAGCCCUCACAGCAGCCCUCACAGCAGCCCUCACAGCAGCCCUCACAGCAGCCACCGCCGCAGCAGCAACCCCCACAACAGCAACAGCAGCAGCAGCCACCAGCGAUUUUGAAUUUGCCUUUCUUCCAAAGAAGGAAACAGGCCAUCAAACAACUUCCCGUACAGAGUCCGGUGGAUCAGACGGUUAAAUCCCCAUCCACCAGUUCCAACGUAGAUGUUCCCAAUGGUACAAACGCGAAGAAGCCGUGGGCCAUGCUGAAGGAUGCUUCGAUAACCAACAAAGAGAAUUCACCGCAGAGGAGCCCGCCUGUAAGGAGGCUACAGCUGAAGCAGAGUCUGGUACGCCUCAGACAGCAGACGAAGAUGUACGCGUCUGUAGACGACCUGUCGCCUGAAUACUGCGGUCUGCCAUUCGUCAAGAAGCUGAAGAUAUUGAACGAGAGACAGAAGUUGGCGGAACUCGAGAAAGCGGUUAGAAGUUCGAGCCUCGACUGCGGCGAAAAUGCCGAGCUAGAGUUUGAUGGCAACCUAACCAGAAGUCAUUCGGAAGCGUGCGCUAUCGAGUAUGCCAGGAAAUUGAAGAAACUGAAUCAGUGUCGACGAAGUUCGACAUCACCAACGGAUCCAUUAUCGCCUGAGAACGAGACGUUAGAAAGGCGGAACCUGAAGAGCAUUCUGAAGAAAUUGUCGGCAGGAAGUCGAACGGGAAGUUCAGAAACUUCGGCAACCAGCACUCCAGAUCGCGAAGCGGCCACUGCCGAAUUUCGAAAAUUAAUGAGAGCACCAACUAUUGAGGGUUACGCCGCGAGGCAUUCGAAACUGUCGAAAAGUGUCACAUUUAACAAGUAUACGUUGCAAAGUCCACCGUCCGAGCAGAUCCCAGGGAAUUAUCCGGUUGGAUCUCAGUUGCCCGACUCCCAAGAGCAGGCCUCACUGCCACCGCCCAAUAAACUCAGUUUCCGUCCUUUGGGCAGCGGAGGUAUCCUGCAAAUGGUAUCAUCUCGGCCACGAGAAGAGGAAUACUUGGGAGAGUUGGUGUCUGGUAUCAGAGAAAUCGUUAAAGGUCGUCUGGAGGACAUCCAGACGAAAUUCGAACGGCAGUUUACGUCGUUAGAGCUGGAAAUCCGCAAAAGGGACGAGAUAAUAUCACAGCUGCAGGCAAGGAUACAGGAGCUGGAGCACCGAGAGCUGCAUAACGGAGACGAUUCCCCCGGGGACAGCACGGAGCACGACGCCUCGUUCGAAGAGGAUUUGGACGACGAUCGGGAGGAUCAUCCUUUCAUGAGGGACGGUUCGGUGGACACUGUUCUGACCACUCGACCGCCCUACAAACGUUCCUCCCCCUCCGGCUCGCACAACAGAAGGUCCUGGGAGGAGCAUUCCGAGGAGGAGACGCUGGAGCUUCAGGAUUUACCCAGCUCGAUCGUUCCUCACAGUUUGUGGAAAGACGAGGUGGCGAUCAAUCUGGAGUCGAACAGCGAUAGCAGCAGAUCCGACGACGAAUUCGACGAGCGAGCUAGCUGCAGAACCGACAGCGAUAACGACGAAGACGAGGAUGAGGGUGAUGUGCGUCGACAUGGUCACAAUGACUGGGAAGUGGCGAUGCUAGCUCAGGAACUUGAGGCCAGACGGAGGAGCAGCGAAAACGCGAACCCGGGUUCCUAGCGCAUUAACGAGAUCCUAGAUGUACUGUGUUACCUCACGAGCACGUUGCAUCCCGAAGGCUGGUGCAACGAACCAGCUGCAGCUGGGAGUGCAGCUUUCUGCGAGAACGAUUGUCCUUACUUACAGUUAGACUUCGAGAGCAUGACCAGCUGUAGGGAGACUAUGAUGUAAUCCUGAAGUAAUUCUAGUCGAGGGAGGAGGGGGGGGAUCGUUCCUUUUCUAAUUAUGAUCCUGAGCUUCUGUGUCGAGAUUCGUGGGCCAAAACGUAUCAUCUCCGCGGGAGUGUACGCUUGUUUCUAAAGCCUGGACUAAGGUUAAGUGUUCGCCCGUUAAAUCGUCACCUCUUUACGUUUUAGUCGCACUCUCUCUCUAUGGACGUCCAGUGCUUGUCCGCCAGGUUUAUUCUUCACUUUCACCAACAAAAGAUGCCUGUUCGUUCCUUUCGUCUCAUUUUUUCUUCACCUUCGAGUGAAACUCUUUGAAAGAGCGACAUAUGUGUUUUAUUUAUUGAUGUACAGGGUGUCGCGUUACUGCUGGUACAAGCGGAGAGGAUAUUUCUUCUGCAUAGGUAAGGUAAAAAUAUAUGAUACUUCGUUUUCAAGAAAAUAUACUUUGGAAGUUGAAGGAGAUAUGCCUUUAGGUAGGAAAAAAGAAUUUUUUAGAAAAGCAUAUUAACCUUUUUUUUAAUAAUUUUUUUUUUUAUUUUAUUAAGUACAUCUUUAGACAUUUCUAGUCAUUUUUUAAUGUAGAAAUAAUUAAAAAUUUAAAAGAUAUUGCUUGAUAUUUUACGAGAUGUUUUUUUGAAGACGUUUUAUGAUAACCAUCGUUAUUUGAAAUUGGGUUAUCAGAAAUAAAGAAUUCAAGAAUUUUUAGAUAAUAUAUUAAAUUAUAUAGUUCUUAUUGGGUCGGUGCUUUGAAAAAUUAAAUUGGAAAGAAGUGGCGGCAACUGAAAGUUGAGAUAUCGAUCUUUUUACCCACGAAAUGAAAACUGAGCAAAAAACCAAAAAGCUCCUGAUAAAGAUUAAAUAAUUUAAUAUAUUAAUAUAUUAACAAUUUUAUGAAACCCCCAAGGCAAUUUUAUUUUCUUUUUUGAAAAAGCAGAAAUUCAUAUUGCAUAACCCAAUAUUCUCCUGUUAUAAUAUUACUUUUACUAUCAUAAUACUUAUGUCUAGAUUUUUCUUCUUUUUUUAUUCAAAAAAUAACCCUGGGUCUUUCGCAAAGAUAAAGUAAGAUAUUGCUUGUAAUCCCCUUUCAGUAGUGUCCCUUGUUAAGCCUCCAUCACUUUUUUCUCGAAUCCUUAGAUCCUUGAAUCCUUGAAUCCUUGAACCCACUUUUGCAUAAAGUGCUUUGAUUUUUGCAUAUAUUUUCCACCCGUUGUAAAAUACAUUUUAGGUUCUUUUAGAUAGCGACACAAGGAAAUUGCUUCGAAUCUCUUCAGGUAUAUUGACUUCAUCAUUGAGAAUGCUUUCCUUCAAAAAAUUUAAAAAAUGUCGAAGUGAUCCAAUAUAUGUAUUACGUAUUAAUCCACAUUCGAAAUGUUUAUAAUUUUUUAUUAUAAUUAUUUUUUACCUGAUUAUUUUAUAUUGUUGGGACAAUGUUUUACCGAUUUUUAAUUAUUAUUUUAAUAAAAAUAAUAUUCUCUACAAUCAGAUUGAUUAACUACAACUAAUUAUUAAUUAAAUAACAAUUUAUUUUCUUUUUUCUUUUUUUUUCAAUCUUUGACAUCAGGUGUUAGCCAACAUUACCAACGGAGACCUUCAUAGAAGUUUCUUUUUUACAUCUUUAGUUAAUGAUAAUUAGUUAUCUGCUAAUAUCCUAGUUUUUCAAUUUGAAUUUUACAAUCUUAAAUGCUUAUUUGAAUUUUUUUAAAUAAUUUUCUUGGGAACGAAACAUUGUAUGAAAAAAUUUCAUUACACAUUUUCAACGUGUACAAAUUACUAAUUGCUAAUUACUAUUUCAGAUUUAAAUAUUUCUCCACCUAUUUCAUAGAUUGUAAAUACUACAAAAAUAUCGAUAACUAUAAUGAUUAUUUCAAAAAUUGAAAUUACUGUGACUUUUGAAAAAGUAAAAUUUAUUAAAAUUCUUAUUAAAAUUUUAAAAAAGUACUGAAUUAAUUUAUACAUCUUAUACAUUCCGCUUGUACCUGGGACUAUAUGACACGCUGUAUAAUGGUCAUUGGUUUGAUCAUUACCAUGUUACUAAAAUUUUAUAUUCGUUAUUCUAGAUCGAAUAGAUCAUAAUGGACAUGGUUUUACGAGGGAAUGGAAUGGAGAGUACACAUAGCUGUACGUGUCUAAAAAGUUACAAUAUAAGUUCUUUUUCAAAUUCCAAGUUCAUAGUGAUUUAAUCCUGUAUUUAGAUAUUCAUAUCUAACGAUAAGAUAAAGACUAAAAAGUAAUGUUUUGCGUGCUAUGUUAAUAAGAGCGAAGAUGCGAAUAUUUCUUGAAUAUUACACCAAAUGUGUUAGCGGAAUUAUAUUCAUGGUUAAGGUUAAUUUAUUCAUAAGGUCGCAGUCAGUUUCUUAAGUUUUCACCUGAACUUCGAAGUUAGUCGAUUCGCUUCAGACGUACGGAUAUCCUUGGGUUAUACAGCUUCCGGAAGUUCUCAAACGACCUCACGAUUAUACAGGGUGUCUUGACAAAGUGCGUUGGUUUAUUUUAUAGGUAAAAAUUAAAAAAAAAAAUUACACAUCUCUAGUUUUAUUUCUUAAAAAAUUAAUUAAUAACGCAAUUACUGACACUCAGCAAAAUUCUCAGGAACUUUGCAGUAUAAUAAAUUCCAUCAUAAUGUCGGGUGCAGUUAGUAGGCUUCUCUUAAUUAGGAAGAUGACUAGGGGAAAAUGUGUGAACCUCCCAAGGUGGAAGGUUUCUCUUCCAUUCUUUUCCCUUAGCCAAAGGAAACCUCCAUUGCACUUACUUAAGUACACUCUCGCAGCUUAGACUUCUUUUCAUUUUACUUGUUUCUCCAUAUUUUCUAUUUGCCAAAACGAGAGGUUAGAUCAGGUUCUCCUUAGGCUCCCUCUCAGUCCUAGAACUUAGGUUCUUCCCACUUUUUUCCUAGGUUCUCCCUAAGUUCUUCCUAAGUUUUAGAACUGAGGACCUCUUCAGUUUUUCCCUAGGUUCUCCCUAAGUUCUUCCUAAAUUUUAGAGCUGAGGACCUCUUCAAUUUUUCUCUAGAUUAUCCAUGCAUUCCCCUAAGUCUUAAAGCUGAAGCCCUCCUCAAUUUUUCUCUUGACUAUCCCUGGGCUCCUCUAAGUCUUAGAGCUGAGGCCCUUUCCAAUUUUUCCCUAGGUUAUUCUUGGUUUUCCCUAAGUCUUAGAGCUGAGGCUCUCCCCAGUUUAUCCCUAGGUUCUCCCUAGAUUCUUCUAAGAUUGGGAAGCCUAUGUUACACCCGAACUUUUUGAAAUGAAAAAUUAACAAUAUUAUUUGCAAAUAAUCGUUUUCGAAUUUUUAUACGUUGCAAUGGAAAAUUCAGCAUAACUUCCUGCUUAACUCGCUAAUUAAACGUUUAUGUAACACUUUUCUUCUUUUUUGACCGACAGAAUAUACUCUCGCACUUUGUAACUAAAUACCCUGUAUAAAGUAAAAGUGGGCAUCCGGAACCAAAUCUGGCUUGUUCUUACUCUGUAUCUAUACCCUCAGGUGACUUGUAAUCUGGAUACGACACUAAUAAUCGUCGGCAAGUAUUUCUCAAAGAUUUUCCAAGAUAUAGUUAUGUAACAAGAAUGAUUAUUGUAUAGGUAUCUAAAUUGGUGAUUGUAUAUGAUGUUCAUUAAGUUUGUAUAUAACAAAUGAUGUACAGUCGAAGACAAAGUCAUCAGAUAUUGUUGUCAUUCUCAAAUUUUCAACAAGUAUUAGAUAUCAAAUAUUUAUCACGCCCACAUUUUUUCAGCUGCCCUUUUUGAUAUUCUAUACUCUUGAGCUGUUCUGCGGUAAUUCAAAUCGUUACAGCAAUUAGAUAGGAUUAAAUUUCGUAUUUAUUCUAAAAUUUUUCUUUUUGUUACCACCAUACUUUUUCAUAAAUAAUUUUCUAAUUCUCGAGUACCGGACUGUCGAUGUUUUUUCCAUUUGUUUGUUUUUAAGUAUUGCGUUAUUCAACUGUUCUAAUCUUAUAUGUAAUUUUCUCUAUUGGUUGCAUUGUCGAUUUAACAUUAUUUAUUAAUGCUGUAAUAUUGACACUAAUCUCAGUUAUUUAUGUAACAUUCUAUAUACAAUGAGAAUUUAUAAUAAUUUAAAUUUAAGUUUAUAUGAAUAAACUUAAAUACUGAGUUCUGAUUAUACCUUAGUAAUAAUUACAAAUUUAAAUUUAAAUUUUGAUUCUCUCCAUGGUCCGCAGUCUUGCAAAAUUCAAGUACACUCCUUGUUAAUAGCUCGUAACCAAUGAUUGAUAGAAUAAAUUUUUAUUUCUUAUUUAUUUUGUAGCAUUUUGCAUCAAUAUUAUAUUAAAAUUAUGUAUUUUACAAUCAAAAUUUUUAUUUGAAUUUGACUUUUACAAUGAACUAUUUAAUUUUGUCUACGACUGUAUAUCAAAAUAGAUGUAAAACUGAUAUUGUAUGUAAAAAAUAAUGAUUCUUAUUACUUCACUGUUUUUUGAGAAAUCGUACUUACCGACUGUUACCGACAUCCAGAGGAAUGACCAUGGAAUGGAUGCAAAUUCUACUCCGGAUGGCCAUCUUUGAUUAAACAAUGUUACCUCGGUGAAAUAUCGCGUAUAUGGUACAAAUUAUGAUUAUUUUAUCUUAUAUUCGUCUAAUUAUAAUUCCGAAGCCUGAUUGUGUCGAGAAAACGUGUUAGUUACCACAGUACGUACAGUAGGUGAUGAAAUUAUUAGAGCUACCUCCAUAAUUUAAUUUUUUUAAUUAAAAAUUUAUGCACUUAAGUUUUAUUAUUAUUUUUUUCUCACGAAGUAUUAACAUUCGCAAAUUGCAAAUUUGCACCACUAUGGAUAUUAUUUUCUAUCAAAAGCACAAUCUUCCUAUUUUACCUCUAAUAACUUAAUCACCUGCUAUAGUACAAUACGCAAGGUGUUCACCGUAAUUGUGUACACGAUUUUUCAAGCACUUCCGAUAAUGUAAGAGAAGAAUCUUUCAAAUGAAAUUUUAUCUGUUUCAGAUCAACUACAAAUUGCAGUAUUCAAAAUUCCCAAAUAAUGCUUUUUUUCUAUAAAAAGUCAAGGUCACCUUGGUUUUUUUAAGUAGCAUAAUGCAUUUUUUAUUUUAUAAAGUUCAGCGGCCUGAAACAUCCUAAUCUUCGGAUGAUCUUGACUUCAGAAGAACGAAUUAGAUUCACAGAACUAUUAAAUUGUGAAUCUGAUUUAACACCCUAUUAAACCAAAUUUUACCAUUUGACAUUCUGUGAAUCUAACUCUUUCUUCUGACGUUAAGGUCGUCUGAAGAUCACAGUAUUAUAGAUCGUUGAAUUCAUAUUGACAUAAGUUGCAAUGUUAUGAAAUCAAAAAUGCAUAAUGCUAUUUAAGAAAACCAAAGUGACCUUGACUUUUUAUUUAAAAUAGCAUUAUUUGGGAAUUUUGAAUACUGCGAUUCGUGGUUGACCUGAAACAGAUAAAAUUUUAUUUGAAAGAUUUUUCUCUUACAUUAUCAAAAGUGUUUCGAAAAUCGUGCACAUAAUUACAGUGAACACCCUGUAUAAUUAUUCUAAUUUUAAAUUUAAGCUUUCAACAUCUUAUAUUGUUAGCAUGAUAUUAAUAUUAUACAAAAUUAUCUUUUAUUUUCUCCUUUUUUAAUUAUUUGAAUAUAUUCAAUUUGUGGCGACGACCAUUAAUGGUCUCCCACAACAGUCCACACGAUAAAGUAGUAAUUCCAUUAUAAUUUAUAAAGUUUGGAGUUUGUAACUUUCACAAUGUACGUAUACUGUGAAAGCAGCAACAGUGUUGGCAAACCUCUGUGAAAAUUUCAUUUCUACGAAGAGGUUCACUCGUGGAGCCAAAUAUCUUGAAAGAGUAUAAGAAGUGCAAUUAUAUUAUUUUUAAGGGUCGAGCAAUUAUAUUAAGUUGGUGCACAUAAAGUGUUAUAAUUUUUAAUCAAAAUAAUUUACAUUCAAUUUUUUACACGUUCUUAACCGACCAGUUUUAUUUUGAUAAAAAUCACCUGAUUUGGGGAAUAAAAAAUCUUUGAGAAAAUCACGUUAUCGAAAACAUUCUUCAGCCCCUCCUAUCGAAUAAUUAUAGUUGCGCCACUGUGUCAAGAUGAACAUUUUAUGUGCACCGACUUAAUAUUUUCACGUUACACACAACUUCUCUCUCUCUCCGUUUCCAUAAAUUCAUAAAAUCCAAUUUUCCUAAGCUCCAAUAAAGUUUCUCUUUGUCCACGCGCAAAUAGACUACAGUUUCGAUCAACUUACUUUAUCAUCUGAUAGGCACAAUAAGUGGCUAAGUAUGAGUAUCCUCUUGAUUGCAAAAAAUCAUUAUAGAAAUAGAUCGUGUUUCCUGAAGUGGUCCAUUACGUUUAAUUAACAUUAAUGUAUUAAGCUGCUCAUUUCAGCGUUUAUUAUUUUCCUUUCAACUAAAGACGAGACUUGUAAUUAUUAUUUUAGAUUAAACUCUCAAACAGA